AUGGAAGUGGGUUGUUAUUUUGGAUUAGAAGAGACAGGUCAACUAAAAUUUAAGCGAACAGAAGUUGCGGAUAUGGAGUUGGUUUCGACUGCAGCCCCUCCUUCCAAGAAUAAUUCGCAGCAGCAGCUUUUGUUUAAUAAUGCAGGCAAAGUUAACGGGAAAGAUGUAAAAGAGAUGAAUGAACAGCUGCAGGCUCUUCCAAGAUUCCAGAAUGGUCCUAACGGUACUGUACACGGGGACGUUGUUUCUGUCCCGUUUGGCGUAACCAUAAACACACCUCACGUGUUGGCGCAUCAACCUGGAACUUUGAAUCAGAAUUGGGCAGAAUCUUUGCGUGGACAGAAUAACUUGGCUGGGCAGACCGAUAUUGAGAGUCAGGUAGGUGAUUGCAUUGCGCUCCAGAUUCCUUCAACUUAUAUGGUGAAGGAUAUGAAUCUAAAACUUAUGAAAGACAGCACAGGUAAUCAGAAGUCGACCUCAAUAGACUUGGAAAUCAGUCCUAUCCAGAAUUGUGCAACUGCCACUAACAUGGCAGACGCUGUUACAAUUCCUGUUGGAAUACCUGAAAAUACAGCAACUAUACGUGGGACUUGGCCUAAUGGAAUUUCUAAAUAUAUAGCAGCAACUAAGCGGAUCCAAGUUAGUGGGUUGAAUAAUGUACAGAUCAAUAGGAGGAGUGGACAGAAUAUUGAAGAUUGCAAGGAAAUAAUGGAUUCUGUUUUAUGCGACUUCAAUAAAGAUGUAGAGGCCAAUUACUUUUCCAUUCUACAAGGUUUAGAGUAUGGGGAUUUGGAGAAUGAGGGAUCACGGGUUGGUUGGAAAGGUUCCUUAUCUGACAGUGCUUAUCCUGACAAAAAUACUAGUAGUCCCCUACUGUCACUGCCUCAGUCUUCCUCUUGGCUAGAUUUCCAACAGGUGGAUAUGGGCUAA